AUGCCCCUCGCAAAGCCUCUUGGCCUAGUCAGUCUCCUUUUGCGCGACCCGUCAAGCUAUCAGCCUGUGAGAGUCGACAUGAAUUCGCCCGUGCUCCCCAAUACCAACGACAGUCCUCCAAACGGAUUGAAGCCCACAGAACAUCAAGCAGGAGACGCGGAAGCCCAGGGCAACACAUUCACCAGCGCUCCGAUUGUUGCGGAUACCUUUACCGAUGAAGACAGUGAAUUUGCAAGCGAAGGGUCCGAUCUUACUUCUUUAUCAUCGAGCAUCUUGGAAUACGAAUAUGAAAAUGGGAGGCGCUAUCACACAUCUUAUCGUGCUUAUUGCGCAGCCGAGGCUUACCGAUUGAUGAAAUUAAGGAUGCCAAACGAUGAAGAAGAGCAAGAUCGAAUGGAUUUGACACAUCAUAUGUCAGUUUUACUAGCCCCUUCCUGGAAAUCCGCAUCGCUAAUUGAAACCAAAACAAGAUGGCUCUUGUUAAUGAGAGGUGAACUUCACAAAGCCCCAAUAAACAACCCACAGAAAGUCUUGGAUCUUGGAACUGGUACUGGAAUCUGGGCUCUUGAUUUCGCAGAAAAAUACCCAAUGGCUAGCAUCAUCGGCAACGAUAUCAGUGCCAUCCAGCCAAAUUGGGUACCUCCGAAUGUGGAGUUUGUGGUUGAAGACUUCGAAUCGGAAUGGAUUUAUGAGCCAUCAAGUUUUGACUUCAUCCAUGCAAGGUUACUCGCAGGCUGCGUUUCAGAUUGGCCUCAACUAUUCAAUUGUUGCUACGAUCAUUUAAAGCCAGGCGCCUAUUUUGAAAUACAAGAAAGUGCAGUAUGGGCAUGGAGUGAUGAUGGCACAUGUCCCCCAGACUCACCGAUAUUUGAAUUACUACGAGCAAUGGAUAUGGCCUCGAAUGCAAUUGGAAAACCAUACAAUGUUUACCCUUAUCUAAGACAGUGGCUUAUCGAGGCCGGGUUUGAGGAUGUCAACCAAUUCGUCUAUUUCCUUCCUUACUCACCGUGGCCGAAAGAUCCAUAUCUCAAGGAGCUGGGGAAGUUCCAGGCCGCAAUGGUGCAGCAUGCUAUUGAGGCAUAUUCUCUCAGGCUGUUCACUCAAGUAUUAGGCUGGGGUGAAGAUGUGUCUAAAAUAUUCCAGGCUUCCGUUAAGAAACAACUACGAGAUAAACACAUGCACGCUUAUGUCAAGGAAUACGUCAUAUAUGGAAGAAAACCAUUGAGAUAA